UUUUCAUCAGAUCACUAUAGAUGUUCGCCAAAUCCCAAAGCUUUCUCUCCUCAGUUAGUAAGCUGUUUCAGCAGCAUCAACAAUGGCGAGGAAUGGGUGGAAUGGCGAAAGUGAGACUGAAGUGGGUGAAGAACAAGAACCUUGAUCACGUCAUUGAUACCGAGACCGAUCUUAAAGCAGCUUGCAUUCUCAAAGAUGCCAUAAAGCGAUCUCCUACCGGUUUCCUCACCGCAAAAUCUGUCGCCGAUUGGCAAAAACUCCUCGGUCUCACCGUCCCUGUUCUCCGCUUCUUGCGCAGGUAUCCGACUCUGUUUCACGAGUUUCCGCAUGCGCGUUACGCGAGCUUACCAUGUUUCAAGCUAACGGACACAGCACUAAUGCUUGACUCACAGGAAGAGAUUAUUCAUCAAAGCCACGAGGCUGAUACAGUGGAGAGACUCUGUCGAGUUUUGAUGAUGAUGAGAACAAAAACCGUCUCUCUCAGAUCACUACAUUCUCUCAAGUUUGAUCUCGGGUUACCAGAUAACUACGAAAAGACGCUAGUCAUGAAAUACCCUGAUCAUUUCUGCUUCGUCAAGGCCUCUAAUGGAAACCCGUGUCUCAAGCUUGUAAAAUGGCAUGAUGAAUUCGCAUUCUCCGCGCUGCAGAAGCGGAACGAGAGCAAUGUUGUUACCGGGGAUGACUCUAGUUACCGCGACUUUAAAAGAGGUCAGUCCACGUUGACGUUCCCUAUGAGUUUUCCUAGAGGAUAUGGAGCACAGAAGAAGGUCAAAGCAUGGAUGGAUGAGUUUCAAAAACUUCCUUACAUUUCUCCUUACGAUGACUCAAGUAACAUAGACCCAGAAAGCGAUCUCAUGGAGAAACGAGCUGUGGGAGUUUUGCACGAGCUACUCAGCUUGACUAUCCACAAGAAAACCAAGAGGAACUACUUGAGAAGCAUGAGAGCGGAGCUCAAUAUUCCGCAUAAGUUCACUCGUCUAUUCACUCGAUAUCCCGGGAUUUUCUACCUCUCAUUGAAGUGUAAGACAACAACUGUGAUUCUCAAAGAAGGAUAUCGUCGAGGAAAGCUAGUGAACCCGCAUCCUCUCACUCGUCUUCGAGAUAAGUUCUAUCAUGUGAUGAGAACAGGGUUUCUUUACCGCGCUAGAGGGAUAGGCAUGGUCUCUCAAGAGGAACUCUUGCUUGAUAAACCAGAGGAUGACCUUACGGAAGAAGGCUCUGAAGAAGAAGAGAUUGUGGAAGGAAGUGAGCUUGAAGAAGAUUCCGAAGAUGAAUAGCAAUAGUUGUUGAAUUUAUUUACACACAGCACCAAUUCAACUGCAUUUUGUCUCUUAAGUACUGGAAUGGAGUUUGAACUAUGUACGCAUAAAAUCAUUAAAAGGAUAUAAAGAGAGAUUGUAUUUCACCAAGAAAGAUUGUCAACAACAACAAAGGGAAACAAAAAGGCAAUUUGGAUUUCAAACUAACAAGUGAAUUUGUUAGAAGAAACCGUUAACAAGAUCAAAAUCGGAAAAAAAACUACCGUCUAUCUUUUAGGACAAACCCUAAAAAUAGCCUGAAAAAAAAACAGAGAGAUUCACCUAAUAGCAAGAUUAGUUAAAUCCAUCUCUUGAAUGAGAGAUCUCAAAGGUGGGGGAAAAUACAUGUGCUCUCUUGGGAAUGUCGAAGAUAAGAAAUAAAUAGUCAGGUUAAAAA